AUGUACCCCGACCUUUUGGAGAAGAUUAAGGCAACGGACCCAAAGGACCAAACCACGUUACGUGAUCUUGCUGCGGCCACAGGCUUUCCAAAGAUUGUUCUGCUCAAACAUCUAAAAUCGGCGCAUUUCAAGAAAUACUUUCCAAAUGGGCUCUAA